UUCUCACUCAGGCCUGCUGGAUAUGCUAAUGAGAGGGGCACUGGUGGGCGGGGCUUGACAUGUACAAAGGGAGAAUGUCAAUCAAAGUGUUUCAGUCAUCAGGUGUGAUUAGACUCGGCUCUGUAACGGGCCUGACGGGUCGGUGCGCUUCACUCGUUCACUAACUCGGCCUUCAUGAGAGUCUGGAAUCUUCUGUCCAAUCAGAAUGAAACAGCUCUACAGCGAGGAGGAGGAGGAGCUUCAGCUGGGCGUGUCUCUGGAGUUUCAGGUGCCGAGCACAGAUCUGUCCGACGUCCGACAGAUGAUGGACUCCAUAAACGCUCUGCCAGCUCCCUCAGCUCCGGUCAUGAACCCGCAGAUCUCCAACUCUGCCACACACACAUCUCUGCAUGUGUGCUGGAGUUUGUUCUCUGAUGACACUGUGGAGUUUUACCUGCUGCACUGGAGGCUGAUCUCAGACGACUGCACCCUACUGACCCCGCAGGAGGUGUGUGAGAUGAAGGUGAAGGAGACGCACUGUCGAGUGUGUGAUCUGCUGCCGAAUGCGCAGUAUGAGCUGUGGGUGACGGCGACCAACACCAGCGGCAUCAGCCCGGCCAGCGAGAGAGCCGUCUACAUGACCGUCCCCUCUCCGCCUGUGAUCCGGCCUCGGGAGUGUGUGAGCAGUCUGGACGCGGCGCUGAUCCGUUGGGACUCUGGAAACACAAACCCUGUGGAGUCAUACACACUCGAGCUGACGGAGGACUGCGCAGACGGAGACGGCGGCGCGACAGAAUGUAUCGUGGCGAUCCCGUGCUGUGAGUGUGUGGUGCAGCUGCAGCCGCGGCGGAGCUUCAUCAUCCACAUCAGAGCCGUGAACACCGGCGGGCCGAGCCAGAGGAGCGAGCCCAUACACAUCUGCAAGAUGAGCAGUUGA